UGUGUGACGUCAGACGCUGCGUUGAGGGAGAAAAAAAAAAGUCCUCCUCUCAACUCAGACCGAUUUCUCCUCUCCCUGAAAACUGCGCUAAAGUUUGGAGUGAUCCGAGGAAACCCAUGAAAGAAACCAAACCACGGAUAGUUUGUAAGCUGGACUCGCGUGGCUGUUUUCAUUCUUCACCCUAAUUUUGUCCUUUUUGAGACUUUAAAGCUGGUGGGGUUUUCAAACAGCGAAGUCUGAAUCCCAGGGAUUUCCUCUCUUCUCGGAGUUCCCAAAAUGAACUUCGGUCCGGUCAGGAAACUUUCUGUGUUGGUGGCAGCGCUCCUCUUGCUGGUUUGUCACGCAGCAGAACCUCCAGCGGCUCAGAGGUCCGGCGAUGAAUUCAAAAACUCUACCUUACGACGGCACAGGACAUGUGUGGAGAACGAGCAGUACCUCCAUCAGGGACACUGCUGCCUCAACUGCCAGGCUGGAACCUUUGUGCAGAAAGGAUGUGAUGGAGACCAGGAAAAGGGGACUUGUCACUCCUGUGAGCACGGGCAGACCUACACGGAGCACUCCAACGGGAUGAACCGCUGUCUACCCUGCACACACUGUCGACUAGAUGAGACUAAAACUGAGUCCUGCACCACGACUACAGACACCAAGUGCAUGUGCAAACCAGGAACCUUCUGUGUCCCCGAUCAGGCCUGUGAAGUCUGCAAACGCUGCGCCAAGUGUAAACCAGGAGAGGAGGAGGUGACGAAGUGCACUUCUGACGCCAACACUGUAUGUCGAAAACUGAAUCCUUCCCCGACUGAAUCCACCCCAGCUCUUCCCACAUCAGCUCCAACCUCUCCUCAGGACACCGUUCUUCCUGUGUCUAUCCCCUUGUUAAUCAUCGCCUGCCUUUUUGCCGCCUUCGCUGUGUGGUGGUUCAUAAUCAAGCGGCGGUCAUGUGAGACACCAUGUUUGAAGAGCAGUUGUGACUCCAGUGAAAUCGUGAAGAUUCCCAUCGAUGAGAGCGGAUCCACGGCCGAGGAGAGGCAGAACGAUCAGAACGCCGGCCUGGAGGGAGAGGAGCCCCGCCCGGAGUCACGGCCCCUGCUGCAGGAGACCCAGUCCGGGAUGACUAAAGCCUCCCCUCCUCUGGAAGACGAAGACAGAGGCCUUGGAGAUAGUUUGCCAAACACAACCAGCUCCUCUCAGACCAGCCUGUCAGCCCUGCCCACAGCUGCUUCCUCUGGAAACACCCCCCACCACAGCCCCACUGCUCCCAGACUGCCCCCUGCAGACAUGGAUGAUCCUCUGCAACAUCGAUUGCUGCCACUUCUAGGCUCGGAAAAAUCCCUGAAGAAGAGCUUCGAUCUGUUUGACGAGUACCUGGAUGUUCGGAUCCACAACAAGUUCUUCAGACGGAUCGGCGUGAGCGACAACCACAUUCGUAUCGCGGAGAACGGCGCCCCCGGUGACAAAGUGUACGAACUGCUGAAGAGCUGGAUGCAGCGGCAGGGACUCAAAGCCGACAUGAACGACCUGCUGGAAGCCCUGCUCGGCAUGGACCAGCGGCGCUCGGCCGAGAGCAUCGCCUCCGCCGCCCUGCAGAAAGGCUUCUACAAGCACGCGGACACACCCUGAGGGAGCGGCGUGAAGGAAGAGCACAUAAAAGACGCUGAAGGUGGACGUUGUGUCUGACGAACAGGCUUACCUCUUUGUGGCUGAGCGGCCAUGUUUUCAGAAGCCAGUAGUUUAAAAAGAAAAACACAAAAAAGGGGAAAGUCGAGCCGGACUGAUUGGAGCUCCUUGGAUGUCGACUACUUGCCGAAAAAUGAGAAUGAAGCAUACGUUUCUUUGUCCGAUUUUUAACAACAAAGACGACGACGAUGAUGAAAAAGUCUCCAAAUUUAGAGCACAACAACAUGAAGGUGUCCAAAUGCAGUAGUGGCUGCGUUUAAGCCAACGAAGCCAACGAAGCUACAUGCUGAAAGCUUAGACGUCUCCAGUCGCGUGUCACUCAUCUGGUUUUCCUCCCAGAGUACAAAACACUAACCUGGAGACAAGAUUAUACACUGGUUUGUAGGAGUGGCAUUAAAUAUGUCACUGAUACUGGUGCACUGACCUCUGGCACAUGUAGGAUGUAAAACUACAAUCAUGCUUUAGUUAUUGUUUGUAUGUUUCAAAGAGUUCAUGAACACUUUUUCUGAUUUGAGCAGGAAAAAAAAUGUCCUUAGCAGUCAAAAGUCUUGCCUUACUAAUCAUAAACUUUACCUUCUCAGUGCCAUUUGAUCAUCUUAAUGUAUUAGGUCUAAUCUUUUAUGAUGAUUUGAUAAUGUUCAUGGAGCGUAUAGUUCAAAAACGUCACGAUUUGGAGGAUUGUUUUCACUCUUUACGUUCAACAAGCAACGUUUAUAGAAGGAAUUUCACGAGCUGUUUCUGUCGGAGUAACUGUUAAUACUAUAGAAAAAAUGUUUCCAUAAUAUGUCCAGGUCAUUUUUUUUAUUUAUUGUCAUAUUUAUUCUAAUGAAUAAUAAUUAUCUUUCAUUAUUUAUACCGUUGCCAAAAAGUAACAAAAGAAAGCAACAACCCUGCAAGGAGAACACGUGGGUUUAGCCUCAGGGGCGACAUGACUGACAUCCAAACUUUUCAAGGUGUGGUUGAAACAUGUAAAUGAAUGAACUCUCGUCUAUAGUGUAGCACUCUGUUCCACACUGUUAAUGUUACGCCUGUCUACUCUUCAUGAUGCUAAAUGCAGACGGUGUCAUUUCAAAUUGAAGUUGAAGUUGAAAUGACGUCGAUCCAUUAAAAAAAAAUGAGGAUUUACCUGUCGCUCCAGUUCACACAGUGACCAAACCGUCCUCUGGGUGCAGGUACAGAUUGUUUUGUCUAGGUUAGACUCGGACAAGAUGAAGGAAACUAUUUCUGGAUUUAAAAAAAAAGAAAAGAAGCUCCAAUUUAUCCCUCUAUAAUGUCCCCCAUGUACAUAGAAAUGUGCCUUUCAGAGUGUAAUGUAUAUAAGCAGCUGGAUUAACAAAGCAGAAUGACUGUUCUGAGGAGAAAGCACAAGCAGAGGUGUUAAAUGUUCAGGUUGUGCCAUGUAAAACUAUAUUUUGCCCGUUUUUCCUGCAGUCUCCUGUAUAUAUAGGAAAGAGUUACAGAGUUAUAUAUUAAUGCUGAGGGAUGCAACAGUGCCGGCACUGCCAUCUACUGACAGACAAUGAAACUACAGCCUGCAUCAAUUCCUAGGGACGCUGCACAACCCCCUUUCUCAGCUGUUCGACUUUCUUCUGCAUGUUUUGUUCACUCCGUUUGUCUUUUUGUUUUAACAUUUUCUGAGUUUUUCACUUCUACAUAUUUCAUUCGCAAGUCCCCAAAGCUGAUCAAUCAGCUGCUCCUGCUUUUGUACAAAGUUUCUACACGACUCUGCCUUAAAGCCAUCUCUCCCUCCCCUUAGUUAUUGUUUGCUUGUCUUGGAUUUCAGAUAUAAAUUAUGCAAAUAUGUCAAAACUUUUUAUGUAAAGUUCAAAUAAAUGUUUUGUACAGAU